AUGACCAAGAGAGAGCUGUCCAGCACUUUAAAGAACUUGAAGUUUAUGCAAAGGACAGCGCAGAAAGAGGAGAUAGGUAAGAAGGAAGAAGAGGUCACACCUGCUGCAGAUUUCUCUUCAUCUAGUAUCCCUAAAAAAUGUGUUGUUAUUGUGGAAGGGGAUCCCCAUCCUGUGGCAAUAAGAGGUCGGAUGUCAUUUCUAUGUUUUAACCCUUCUAUUGAUAAACUCAAUGAAGGUCAUCAACCAGAAGCCUCUACUACAAAUUCUGGGCAACAAAGUGAAACAAUAUCUACCAGAGAAAAUGGGAAUGUACAAGGCGCGUCAGACAUUUCUGAACCAGAUAGUUUGAGGUAUGAUGAAAAUGGAGAUCUUAAAAGGAAGCAAGGCAAUGUUGUCUCCGGCACAACAUAUCCAAAUAAGUCGCAGAAAAAUUUUCGUGCCGAUCAACAAUCAUCUCCAAAUGGCAGUCAUAAUUCUCACAAGAAAACCAAGCAUGAAAAGCUGGACUGGAAUGUUCUUCGAUCUCCUAAGUAUCAAAACAAAAGGAAAGGAGCGCUAUAG